GGCACAGUUGUCCAAUUCGCUUAGGAGUAGUACACAUCAAACACACACCAGCCUCCAAUUCUUCAGGACAGAAUGCUGUUUCCUGCUCAAUUUCUGUUCCUACUGCUACUUCUAGGAACCUCGGGAACAGGCAACUCCCACAAGCUCUGCCAGACAGAGUUCAUCUUCAGCUGUAUUAAUACUGCUCUGUCUGGGGCUAAGAGUCAGCAAGGUGAUGAUUCCUCACUAAGCAAGAGGAGCUUUGGUUACAUUUCCAGUGAGGAACUAUCAUCUGAGGAGGAAGACAAAGAGGAGAAAGAAGAGGAUGACGAGAACAAGGAAAAAAGAACUUUAUCUGGGGGUAGUGGUGGGAUUGGCACAGGGAUUGAGGGUACCAGGUAUAAGUACCAGUCACAGGCACAGCUAACAAGAAAGCUCUACCAGAACAAGGCCCAGAGUGAUCGGCACACUAAGUUCACCCUGUCCCUGGAUGUCCCUACCAACAUUAUGAAUAUCCUCUUCAACAUAGCCAAGGCCAAGAACUUGAGGGCCAAAGCAGCUGCCAAUGCUCACCUUUUGGCACAAAUUGGGCGAAGGAAAUAAAGAUGCUUCCAGAGGGAGUCUAGCAGAAGCUGUAGGGAGUGAGAGGCAUGAUAUUUAGAGAGGCUAAGCAUGUAUUUAUGGUUAGGGGAGAAGAAGGGUUGGGUAAUCUAACUGGUGUUUGUGGUUAGGACCUAUCCCUGAUUAAUAUAUGUCACUUAUUCCCUCCUGGGUCUGCCUAGUGACUACCUUUUCUCUGUACAUAUGAACAAAAUUGUGUUUUUUAAUGUUUCUCUUUUCUCUGUGCCUUUCCAA